AUGGACACAGAUCAAAGAUCAACGCAAAGCCAUAUCCUAGAUCUGGAAGAAAAAUAUUUGCCAAGCUCUGACUAUAAGUUUAACAACUUUUCAGAGUCCACAACAGCCGUAGAUUUUAAGCAGAUUUCAUCCCCAAUCCAUUCAUCUAAUGAAAUUAAAGAGGAUGCUGAAAUUUUCAAGCUAAAAGCUCAAGUUUCUGAAAUCAAGAAUAUGCUUGAAGGACAAGAAAAGAUCCUCAGAAGCUUUAAAUCAAGAAUUCAGGAAGCCAAGGACGAGAAUCUGAAAAUGUCUAAUUUAUUAUCAAGUGUUGACCUUUCCAAUUUAUCGAUAUCGGACUCUCUAUCCAAGUCUUAUAUGAUGAGAAGCAUUGAUUAUAUCUUACUAGGGAAGGCUCAUAAUAAAUUUAAUUAUAACAUAGAUAUUUCUAAAGAAUUAAGAAAUUGGUUUAAUAAUAAUAAAUAUUUAUAGCAGGAAAAAAGAUUAUAAAAUUAUGGAUCACCCAAACAUAUCUUUAAUUCAUAAAAACAACGAUGAAUCCUUUGUUAGCAGUUUAAUGGGACUAGACUCAGAAAUACAAAGCAUUACAGACACAGAAGUUUCUGAAGAGUCAGAAUAUUCUUCUAAUGAAAGCUCACUAGGAACCAUGACAUUCCAAAACUGGGCAUUUAUAAGAUCCCAUGUGCUAUAUUUGCACAUAUAA